AUGAACAUCUCCACACCCACCCUCAUCUGCAUCAUCAUGCUCUUCCUCCUCGCCGCCACCAUCCAGGCCAACGGUCGGGAGGGGUGCUCGCCUGGCAUAUUGGGCUGUAGGCACAAGGGAUCGCGCGGCAUCGAGAACACGCCUGGUCACGUCGUGGUUGACGAGGAGUAG